AUGCUGCCUCGCAUUCGUGCAGCACCUUUGUGCGUUACGUUCAUUGGGGCAUGGAUGCUACUAUCUUUUUAUUUCUUUGGAAGAGUUGGCAAUGCCGGCAGGAAUGAUCUUGUAAUGGAAGAAUUCAAACCCAUUGAACCCGUCAAGGAAAGAGUUGUCAAUCACAAACCAAAACAUGUUGAUAUGCUAGAACAAGCCUUAGCUUCAGAUGACGAGUAUAAAAAGGUUGACGUCAAUUAUGAUCCGAAAGUAGAACGUUUAACUGAUCACGAAGACACUAAAGCGAGUAAAGAAGAUGCCGAAGAAAUGAACGAUGAUGACAUUGAGAGAAAACUUGAUGACCAUCCUGUGGCACCUGCCAUGGCCAUCGUUCCAAUUCUAGAAAGGGAGCCUGAAGUCGAUUUGGAGAAGUUAGCUAAAGUAACCUCAGAGGAGGAGAAGUUGCAAAAAGCAGAGCUCUUCGAAAAGUAUCAAUUCAAUGGCUUGUUGAGUGACCGUAUUGGUCAAAGAAGAAAGAUUCCUGAUUCUCGUAACCAACUAUGUCCAAGAAACUUUGGUUCCACAACUGGACUUCCUAAGGUUUCUAUCAUUAUUUGCUAUUUCAAUGAGUCUCCAUCGGUGCUCAUUCGUAUGAUCAAUUCAAUCCUCGAUCGUACUCCAAUCGAGCUUAUUCAGGAGAUUUUAUUAGUUGAUGACUCCAGCGAUUGGCCUGAAGCAUCUUUGGCAGCUGCUAGCUACAAAGAAAAACAUCCUCAAUGGGGGAUGAUCAAAAUGUUGAGAACAGAAAAGAACGAAGGUUUGAUCCGAGCCAAGGUAUAUGGAGCGAAGAAAGCUCGAGGAGAAGUUUUGGUUUUCUUGGAUUCCCACUGCGAAGUCAACCAGCAAUGGCUUGAGCCUCUUCUACUAAGAAUUCAGGAGAAGAAAGAAAGAGUGGUUUGUCCUAUAAUUGAUAUCAUCGAUUCUGAGACAAUGAAAUACGUCGAGGCUCCUGUGUGCUUCGGUGGUUUGAACUGGGGAAUGGUUUUCAAGUGGGAUUACCCUCAUAGAUCCUACUUCGAAGAUCUUCAAAACUUCAUCAAGCCAAUCAAGUCACCUAGUAUGGCCGGAGGUUUAUUUGCUGUUGAUAGAGAGUACUUCUUCCACAUUGGAACUUAUGAUGAGGGAAUGGAUGUCUGGGGAGCUGAGAAUGUUGAAAUAUCCUUUAGAAUUUGGCUAUGUGGUGGCGAAUUAGAGAUUAUUCCUUGUAGUAGGGUUGGCCAUAUUUUCCGAAAUAAGAGGCCUUAUGGAUUGAAGAAUGAUUCAAUGGGCAAAAACUCAUUACGUGCUGCUCUGGUUUGGUUGGAUGACUAUUUGCCUUUCUUCUACAAAGCUCGACCAUUCCUUGUGAAUGCUGAGGCUGGUGAUAUUUCCACUAGGUUAAAGCUGAAGAAAGACUUAGAAUGCAAACCAUUCAAAUGGUUCUUAGAAAAUAUUUAUCCAGAAAUGUUGCCUGGCAACACACCCGAAAAAUUCAUUCCGCCACCUAACGCAGGAACGAAUAAAGGCCGAAAAUUCCUUAUUCGAUUAGAGAACACGACUCACUGCUUGGCUGCAGAAUCGUCUAUGGGGCAUAUGACAUCUAUGAAUCCUGUAGAACUUCAUGCUUGUGAUACCGACAAGCGUGUUCAACAUUGGAGAUGGACAGACAACUAUGAAUUGCGACCUAUGGGGUCAUCUAGACUGUGUUUAGACGGGUUGCGGGGUGUUAAAUUGAUGAAGUGUCACAAUCAAGGUGCUCAUCAAGAAUGGAAAAUAACGGAAGAUGGAAAGCUGUAUAAUCAAGCUUCUGGAAAAUGCAUCAGUGGCGACAAUGUGAUAAAUGGAGCUGCGAAGUUAGUGUAUUGUGGAAUGGCCCGAACGUACGAGUUUGAUGAUGUAGUUGCAGCUUAG